AUGGCAGACGGUCAAACGAAGCUCGCACUCGCUUCUUGCCUUGCCUUUGCGGUUUUACGCCUUGUACACAAUGCUUCCAUACCCGGUGGGGUGACCAAGAUUGAGCGGGAAAAGUUGGCGAGUCACACAGAGCUUUUAGAAGGACUCAAACAGGCCGUGCGACUGGAAAACUCGCGAGAGCCCAAGCCGUCAUUCAAGUUUGUUUACUUGCCGUACACGCUCGACGCGUCGAGCCAAGUUGUUCAAGGAAUAAUGUACCGCGCGAACGUAAAGAUUGCGCCUUCAAAUUGUUUGAAUGCUUUGAACGAGACCAGGGAAGGAAUCGAAGCGUGUGGAGUGGACUUCCUAAAGCCUGAAGUAUUAAAGCAAGAGAAAUGUUGCGCGUUUGAAAUCUGGUCGCGGCCUUGGUUAGCGGGACAAGAACGCUUAGUGGUUCAAAAAGCGGAAUGUACACCGUCUUUUACAGCAGGACAAGCACAGUCUGGUCACUUCCGUGUGACGAUGAAGCUUAGUGUUUAUCCUGUGUGUAACUUAGUAAAGGGCUGA